GGCAAAUCAUUUUGGUAUAUAGUUUGAUACUCUAUUUGAAUCCUCACAGACACCAUGAAACUGCAGAUUUAUAGAUAUUUGAAAACUUUUUGCCAGCUGUUUUUACAUUCUUAAGAAGAUGAUGCCCUUAGCUUUGCUCUCACGGCCACAGGCUGCUGGAUUCACAGCCGUUCGUUCAGAGUCCCAGCUCAUUAUUUACGGUCUUCUCAUACAAUCUCUGUUAAUGAAAUCUGCAUGGACUGUCAACUGCUCCGAACCUACUUCAGAUGCUCUUUUAGCUGCCCUGAAGGACAGCACCCUGUUUAAAACUGACGUGAGGCCGGUUUAUUACCAGAAAACUCCCACCAACAUCAGCGUGAGCUUCACACUGUAUGGGAUUUUAGGUGUGGAUGAAAAAGCUCAAAUAUUUGAUUCAUUCAUUUGGGUGUAUUUGUUUUGGAAUAUCGAAGGCUUGAGCUGGGAUCCUGUUGAAUGUGGAACGGACAGAAUCUCACUGCCGAGAAAAAAACUGUGGAUGCCUGAUGUUGUGAUUAACGAAUUCAUGGAUGAAAGUAAAUCCCCAGAAACAUUGUACCUCUACGUCGAACAAAAUGGUUGGGUUAUGGAUGAUCGUUCCAUUCAUGUCAUCAGUUCCUGCAACAUGGACAUCUACACUUUUCCAUUUGAUAUUCAGAACUGCACAUUCACUUUUAAUUCAUACAAGCACACUGCGGACGAUAUUCAGUUGUUCUUUGUCGAAACAGCAGAGACGACCCUUCAGAGUUCCUUAUCUGUGAUGAAAACCAAAGGAGAGUGGGAGCUAGUCGACAUCCUUGCUGAGAAAUUUCCGAUACCUCCUGAAGAGCUAAAUGUUUCUUACGAUACACUCACUUACUAUAUCGUCCUCAGCCGUCGACCCACCAUGUACGUGUUGAACCUCCUGAUUCCCAGCUGCUUCCUCAUUACUGUAGAUCUGUUCAGCUUUUUCCUGCCUCCCCAAAACGUGGAUCGUUCUGCCUUCAAGAUGACCCUCAUUUUUGGUUACACUGUAUUCCUGCUGCUAAUGAACGACCUGCUGCCCGUCACUGGAAACUCCCUACCUCUCAUAAAUGCAUUUUUCUCCCUGUGCUUUGCUCUGAUGGUGGCCAGUCUUCUGGAGACGAUCUUCAUCACUAAUAUACAUUGUGGCUCCGUUCACUACGGACCUUUACCUCAGUGGGUCAAGGUGCUUUUCCUCAACUAUGUCGCCAGACUUGUUUGCUUAAGCAAGAAACCCGGUGACCAAAACUGUGAUCCUGAAGACCGCCAAACUGAGACCAAACACUAUGAAACUCCUCAGAGGGAAGAGAAACAUAAGACACCCACUUAUCUGGAACUUCAGAAGAUAAGCCACGUGUUGCUAUCCAUUCGUCAGGAAGUUGAAAAACAUCUGAAGACUGAUGAGAGCACUGAGGAAUGGAUGCAUUUGGGCCAAGUCAUUGACCGCUUGUUUUUCUGCAUUUAUAUUGUGUUUCUCUCAGUAAGUUUCAUGACUAUCUUAGUAUUUUGGGUGUGCUGGUACAAAAAAUCUGCAUCUUUAUUAUAACUAAACCAAACAAAACUACCAAAACGAAAUGUAAACUGAUUAGCCACAACAUUAAAACCACUGAGAUAAAGCCUCUGUCUAGGAUAUGCUAGACAGCAAAUGAACAUGUAUUUUCUUGAAUUUCAUGUGCUGGAAGCAGGAAAAAUAAGAGCAUGUGAAAAGAUCUGACUUGAAAAGAAAGUGACUAUGAGAAAAAAUGAUGGUCAGACGGUUAGGUGAAAGCAUGGUCGUGGUUUGUUUGCUGCAUAUGGAUCUGCUUAUCCACUGGACUAUGAUGCGAUGGAAAAAGGUCUGGUGAAUCACGUUUUCUUUUAGAUCAGAUCACUAGGUGUCUAGGUGAAUGUGUCCUUAGAAGAGAUUGCAGCCAGAUGCAAUAUGUGAAGAAAGCAGAUCAGCAGAGGUAGGGUUGUGCUCUGGACAGUGUUCUGCUGGGAAACCUUGGGUCCGGGCAAUCAUGUAGAUAUUACUUUAAUCCCUUAAGACCAGACCAUGUACACUCCUCCAUUGCAAUGGCAUUGGACUCUUUUAGCAAGAUAACACUGCAAAAGUUGAUCAAGAACAGCUCAGGAACAUGACAAAGUGUUCAAAGUGUUGCCUUGGCCUCCAAACUUCUAAUUCUCAAACCAACUGAGCAUCUAUGGGUUGUGAUGGGCCAAUAAAUCCUCCACCUCGCAACAUGCAGGUAUUAAAGGUCCUUGCUUGGUGCCAGAUAGGAUACAGGACACAUUGAGACGUCUUACGAAGUCCAUGCCUUGAUUCUUUAAAGUUGUUUUGGCAGCACGAGGAGAACUAUGUGGUAUCAGGCAGGUGGUUUUAAUAUUGUAGCUGAUAAGUGUUUAUGAUUACUAAACCUGUAAAUACAAUUAGCCAUUUAUUAAAUCAAAUUGUCUUCAAUUGUCUUACAUUCGUAUUUGUUUUUUCUAUUGUUAAUCCAAUUGCCAGGAUGAGUAGCAGUGGAAACUAUGAACGCAUUAUGAAAAUAAUACAUGGCUAUACACUUUUAGAUCACUGUUUAUAUAUAGAUAACAGUUCAUGAUUUUACAUCUUUUGUGAAGCACUGAUUACAGUUUCUAGCACUUCGC